CAACGAUACAAUAGGCCGGAAAGAGCCAUGGCAUUCUGGAUAUUGAGCAGGUUCCGCGCCGCAGGCGUACGCCUCCACUCUCUUUUGCCAACUCUCUGUUCAUUUGCCUCCCAUAGGCCAGGCGGCGGGCGCACAUAUAUACGCGACUGGAGAAUAUGAUAACUAAGGGAGUGGAGACUCUGACCACUAAAUCAUUCCCCUCAUAACGUUACAAGUACAAUCAUGAGGUUUUCGAUAGUCUACACUUUGCUCGCAAGCGUCCCUCUUGCCGCCGGUGCCUUUAUGGGCAUGGGUGGUGCCGACCAGUCUCCCUACUGCGCCCGAGCCUGCCGCAACGUCCUGGGAACCGCAAAUCUGACCUGCUCACACAUGAUGGACAUGGGCGAUCAUGCCAUGAUGAUGGCGACUCCCAACUGCCGUGCAAACGACGAUGCCUGGCUGACGUCGCUGGCCUAUUGCUUCGACGACAAGUGCGACGGCAAAGUUCCACUCUGGCAGCUCGAGCAGCUGUGGAUUGAGACGGCAACAGGGGCACCCGACGUUCCCGCAAAGUGGAGCUAUCAAGAAGCCCGCAGCCAAGUUGACGGAAAGCCGCACAUGGCUUGGAUGAGGGGUCACACUCUGAACAUGACCAUGACCGUCCCGGAAGUUUUGUGGACGAACUGGAACAACUUCAUGCCCGUUAUGGAUCACAACACCGUGCUACUCUACAAGUACUCCCUUGUAUUACUCAUUGUCGGUUUUACUACUCCCAUCGCCAUGACGGUCCUCCCCAAACUGCCUUUUUUCUCUUCCAUCUCGGGCAAACUCAGACCUUUCAUAGUCUGGCCUUCUAUGAUCGGCAGGACCCACAGUCAGUCCCUGCCAUGGCAGUUGGGCAACCCACCUACCAUUGGACAAGGCCUGUACAUUGCCGGCUUCGUGAUACUCAACGUCAUUCUCUCUUGUGUGAACUACUCAACCCAGUGGCCCCUUAUUCAUCCUUGGGGCUAUGAUAAGCGGGGCGAGAUCCUGGCAUAUGCUGGUUAUCGAACUGGAGAGUUUGCCUUCGCGCUCCUGCCCCUGACUAUUCUCUUCGCCGGUCGGAACAACAUUCUGUUGUGGCUUACCAAUUGGUCUCACUCGACAUACCUUUUGUUGCACCGCUGGGUAGCGCGUCUUUUUGCUCUGCAUACUAUACUGCACUCAGUCUUCCUCCUCGCUGCUCGUAUCCAGACCGGCACGUACCAAGCUGAUCUUAGGCUACCGUAUUGGCAAUGGGGAAUAGUGGGCACAGUCUUUGUCUGCGCUAUGCUCGUGUGGAGUAUUCUCUGGAUGCGCCGCCUUUCCUAUGAAGUCUUUCUCAUCGGCCACAUCAUCAUGGCGAUUUUCACCGUGGUUGGCUGCUGGUAUCAUCUCAUCUUGCGGUUCGGAUACGAGGGCGACCACGAGUACUGGUUAUAUGCGGCUGUUGCCGUGUGGGCAUUCGACCGUAUACUUCGCGUCGUCCGUAUAGUCACCAAUGGGGUACGUCGCGCGACUGUAACAGACAUUGGCUCGAAUCAUGUCCGGGUCGAAAUACCUGGCAUUCGGUUCAGUGGCAAACCAGGCUACCACGGAUACGUUUACUUUCCUACUCUUAGCCCGAUGAAACCCUGGGAGAACCAUCCAUUCUCAGUCAACUCCACGGCGCUCCUCCGUACCUUCAGAAGCCGUCCAGUCAGUCGAGGCAACUCCUCAGCCGAGGACUCCGCCACGGACAAGUCCAAAGCUCAAGUCGAGACUGCGCAUGUUUCCACUGACAUGGGAACAACCGCUGGUAUCACAUUGUACAUUCGCAAGUCUACUGGGAUGACGCGGCUCUUGGGAAAACAUACAGGCCUGCUCACUCUCCUUGAUGGACCCUACCUAAAUAGCCCGCCUGCUGGCGUCCUCAACACCGACCGGCUUCUGCUCAUUGGUGGCGGUAUCGGCAUUACAGGCUUGCUAGCUUUAAUCAACGCGCACCUCAAUGUCAAGGUGGCGUGGAGCGUGAAGCAAGCGGAUCAGGCCUUGGUUAGCGAGUUGAGCGGCGCUGUGCGGAGCGUUGUAGACCACGAGGUUCGAAUUGGUGAACGUCUCGACAUACGAGGUCUGUUGCAACAAGAGGUCGAGGCUGGAUAUAAAAAGAUUGGCGUGGUUGUCUGCGGACCGCCGUCUUUGUGUGAUGAUGUGCGUGCCCUGGUGUCGAGCUUAGGCCGUCAUGAGAAAGUAGAGUUUGAGCUCGAGGUUAAUGCUUUUGCGUGGUAAGGAGGAACAAGUUUAAUAUAUAUUCUGUCAAGACCCGACUCUAUGCCACCGAGCCACGACCCUAAAAAGGUAAGAGUAAUCAACAACUGCCCUAGGUACAUGUUGUUGUAAUAAAAUAGUAUUCUAAAUUUAGAGCUAUAAUUCUAAGUAGAAAAUUUAUUCUAAUAUUAG